AUGAUAUUAAAAUUAAAAAAAUAUAAUAGUUAUAAAUAUUUAAAAAAUUUUGGUAAAAAUAAUAAGGGAUAUAUUACUGUUUAUAAUAAAGGAGGUGGUAAAUUAAAAUAUCAAUAUAAAUUAGUGGAUUUUUGGUAUGAUAAUUAUAAUAUUAAUAUAAAUUAUAAAGUAUUUUUAUUUAAAAAAAUAAAAAAUUAUUUUAAAAAUAGUUAUAUAGGAUGUAUUUUAUAUUUAUCAUAUAAAUUUAAUUAUUUACAAAAAUAUAUAAUUUUAAAUCAUAAUUAUAUAUUAAAUUCUAUUUAUUAUAUAACAAAUAUAAAUAAUAUAAAAUUAGGUAGUUAUAUACAGUUAAAAUAUUGUAAAUUAGGUACAUAUAUUUAUAAUAUAUCUUAUAAUAAUAAAGGUAGUAUUUUUGCUAGAUCUGCAGGUACAUAUGCUCAAAUUUUAAUUUUUUAUAAAAAUUUAGUAUAUAUAAAACUACCUUCUAAAAAAUUAAAAUAUAUUAAUUAUAAUAAUUUUUGUUAUAUCGGUAUAAAUAGUAAUAUUUUAUAUAAUAAAUUUAAAAUAAAAAACGCUGGUUAUAAUGUGUUUUAUAAUAAAAAACCUAAAGUUAGAGGUAAAGCAAAAAAUGUAUGUGAUCACCCUCAUGGAGGUGGUAAAGGUAAAACAGGUAUAGGACGUAAAUAUCCUUGUUCUAAAAAAGGGUUAAAUUCUAAAGGAUAUAAAACAAAAAAAUUUUAA